AUGGGUGUCCCAGAGGACGAACAGCCGCCCACGAGGACCAUGCCAGAGGAGACAUCAGGCAGGGAGAAUUCUCCCCACAAUCACACGAGUGGCUCCGUAUCAGGCUCAUCAACGCCGUCUAUUGAUAUGGCCGAGAAGACACCUGUCGAGCAAGAAACCAGCGUCACGACCGACACACUGGCGAAGGACCUGGGGAAGGAGGAGCAGGUGGAGAUCGAAGAUGAGACCGAAGACUCGAGCAACUAUCCCCACGGGCUGAAGCUCGUGACUCUGAUUGUCGCCCUUUGCCUGGCCGUCUUCCUCGUCGCGCUUGAUCAAACCAUCAUUGCCACGGCGAUCCCCAAGAUCACUGAUCGCUUCAACAGCGUCAGCGACAUUGGCUGGUACGGCAGCGCGUAUUUCCUGACCAGCACCGCCCUCCAGCCUAGUUUUGGCCGCAUCUACAAGGUCUUCCAGAUCAAAUGGGUCUUUCUCUCCGCCAUCAGCGUCUUCGAAUUGGGCUCUUUGAUCUGUGCCGUCGCACCGUCCAGCACUACCCUCAUUGUUGGCAGGGCCAUUGCGGGCAUCGGCGUGGGUGGAAUCUUCUCGGGUUCUUUGGUCAUUAUUGCUCAUUCCCUCCCAUUGAUCCGUAGACCCAUGGUUUUUGGACUGUUUGGUGCCAUGUGGGGACUUGCCAGUGUUGCAGGACCUUUGCUUGGAGGCGUCUUCACGGACAAGGUCUCCUGGAGAUGGUGCUUCUAUAUCAACCUCCCUAUCGGCGGCUUUUCCAUCCUCGUCGUCCUGGUAGUGCUCCAUAUCCCUCAAGACCCCAAACUCUCCGAGAAGCCAAUCCUCAAGCGGAUUCUCGAGCUCGACCUCAUUGGAGCGGGAAUCCUCAUUCCGGGCAUCAUCUGUCUGUUGCUGGCAGUUCAGUGGGGAGGCUCGACGUACGCAUGGAACAAUUCUCGGAUCAUUGGGCUUUUUGUCGGCGCAGGUUGCCUUCUAGUCCUCUUUGGCGUCUCCCAGUGGCGCUUGGGCGAAGCGGCGACCAUCCCGCCGCGUCUUCUCGGCCAGCGUACUCUCAUGGCCGCCUGCGGGUUCGUUUUCUUUUUCGGGGCCGGCAUCUUUGUACUGAUGUACUACCUCCCCUUGUAUCUCCAAAGCGUCAAGGGAUCCUCACCUACCCGUUCCGGCAUCCAGAUCUUACCGUUGAUGCUCUCCACGGUCUUCACCUCGAUUCUCGCAGGCAUCCUGGUGACCAUCAUUGGCUAUUACACCCCAUUGCUCAUCGUUGCAAGUGCGCUGAUGACUGUCGGUUACGGCCUCAUCAGCACAUGGACCAUCGACUCGCCCUUCCGCGAAUGGUUCGGGUACCAGAUCUGCGCGGGUCUUGGCGCGGGCUUUGGAUUCAAUCUCCCUCUUGUGGCGGUUCAGACGACCUUGCCGAUGAAGGACAUCCCUCAAGGAACUGUGCUGCUGAUGUUCUGCCAGUCGCUCGGCGGCGCCCUUUUCAUCGCCGUUGCGCAGUCUGUCUUCUCCAACGGUCUGGUCAGCGGCGUCGCCAAGUACGCACCCGACAUCGACCCUCAGCUCCUCAUCAACACGGGUGCUACUGCGAUUCGCAGUGUGCUGGCAAAGAUUGGGAUGGAAGAUCAGCUUCGCCAAGUGAUCGAGGCCUAUGUAUAUGCCUUGAAGGACUGCUACCGCGUAACCGUCGCUGUGGCAGGCGUGUCGUUCAUCGCGACGUGCUUUCUGGAGUGGAAGAGCGUGAAGAAAGCCAAACAGGCCGGCGCGGGCGCCGAGGCCAUGCCGGCUAUGGGAUAG